UCCCGUGGUGCUUUGCGAGCCCAAAUUGAACGUUCGGCAAAAGAAAACAAUUGUAUCUUACAUGCUCUGUUUUAAAGAGUAAAACGCAGAAAAGAAGACGUUUCAACUGGAAUUGACACCACUGGGAAUAGCAAGUCAACGGCACGCAACGGGAGUAGUUUAUCCGGGCCCGGCAUCAUGGAUCAGGACUAUGAGUGCAGGCUGCUCAGGCAGAUCAACAUUCAAAAUGAGAAUGCAAGCCCCAUAAAAGCGGUAGGAGCGGUGCGAGCUCUGACACCCACCAGCUCCCCCCUGUCCUCCCCGAGCAAGCAUGGCGAUCGCUUUAUUCCCUCCCGGGCUGGAGCCAACUGGAGUGUCAACUUCCACCGCAUCAAUGAAAUUGAAAAGUCGCACAAUCAAAACAGAAAAACCAAAGAUGGCACAACAGACAGCAACAAAGCGGACGGUCUGGCUUACUCGGCCCUGCUGAAGAACGAGCUGCUAGGAGCGGGCAUCGAGAAAGUCCAGGACCCCCAGUCAGAGGACCGCCGUCUGCAGCCAUCUACUCCUGCCAAGAGAAGCCUUUUUAGUUAUUCUGUUAGUACUAAGAGGGCUCUACCAGAAGAGGACGGAAACACAGUCUCUCCAUAUUCUCUAUCACCUGUCAGUAGUAACAGCCAGAAACUGCUGCGGUCGCCAAGGAAACCUACACGCAAAAUAUCCAAAAUUCCUUUCAAAGUCCUGGAUGCUCCAGAGCUUCAGGACGACUUCUACCUCAACCUAGUGGACUGGUCCUCUCUGAAUGUGCUCAGUGUUGGACUGGGUACCUGCGUCUACCUGUGGAGCGCCUGCACCAGCCAGGUGACACGUUUAUGUGACCUUUCUGUAGAAGGAGAUUCUGUAACAUCAGUGGGCUGGUCAGAAAGGGGUAACCUGGUGGCGGUGGGGACUCAUAAAGGCUAUGUGCAGAUCUGGGAUGCAGCAGCAGGGAAAAAGCUCUCCGUACUAGAAGGACACACGGCCAGAGUGGGUGCGUUGGCAUGGAAUGCGGACCAGCUGUCGUCUGGGAGCCGCGAUCGGGUGAUCCUGCAGCGUGACAUCAGAGCCCCACCUCUCCAGUCGGAGCGCCGUCUCCAAGGACACAGACAGGAAGUUUGUGGGCUCAAGUGGAGCACAGACCACCAGCUGCUAGCCUCGGGUGGAAAUGACAACAAGUUACUUGUAUGGAACCACUCGAGCGUCCUCCCGGUGCAGCAGUACACAGAGCACCUGGCUGCAGUGAAGGCCAUCGCCUGGUCUCCCCACCAGCACGGCCUGCUGGCCUCCGGAGGCGGCACCGCAGACCGCUGCAUCCGCUUCUGGAACACUCUGACCGGCCAGCCUCUACAGUGCACAGACACCGGCUCUCAGGUCUGCAACCUGGCCUGGUCCAAGCACACCAAUGAACUGGUCAGCACACACGGUUAUUCUCAGAACCAGAUCCUGGUGUGGAAGUAUCCCUCUCUGACUCAAGUGGCCAAACUUACUGGACAUUCCUACAGAGUACUCUACCUGGCCAUGUCCCCUGACGGAGAAGCCAUUGUGACAGGAGCUGGAGAUGAAACACUUCGGUUCUGGAACGUCUUUAGCAAGAUGAGAUCCACUAAGGAAUCUGUGUCGGUGCUGAACCUCUUCACCAGAAUCCGGUAGUAAGCACGCCUCUGUACCACGAGGGAAUCGAGCCGAGAAGGGAAUUUAUCUUUGCAUGUAUCGAGCUGUAAAUGGGCCCCUUCUUUGAGUAUUCACCUCAGUCGUCUACAGAGGCCCCCCUCGAUUGCCCUUUGUUAUUUAGCCAAGUUGUAGCUGGAGGUGUGAGGGAGGUGGAGAGACACACAGCCUGCGUGUGGAGGGCGGAGGAGACGUGUAUGUACAGUAUUCCACUUGGCCCUGACUGAUGGAGCCACUGCCUCCUCCAACAGACCAGUGAUCUCUGACGACAAGGAGAGUUUGGGGGGCGUUUGUCUCCCCGUGUGAUUAUGUUUUUGUUUACAGACUGACGUUGUGCUUACUUGCCAAAUAUUGAGUUUGUCCCUUUGAUUGUCUUAUUUAUUUUGUUUUUUUAAAACAUUUUUAACACAUAUUGUUUGUUUUGAAGGCUGUUAGAUUUCCUUUUCUUUGUGUACCUGCAGUUUUUGGUCUGAUCUGUGGAGUAUGGUUGGCUUUGUUCAGGUUCGCUUGUCUUUUGUAUUUUACCGAGGGACGAUAAUGUUUGAUGUACACUGAUAACCGAUUACGUAACCCUGUGCCAGAGCUGUUAAUGUUUAACAAGAGUCAGAGGAAUGGGCCUGAUCUCCUUUUUUAAAUCUUACAUUAAGUUAAUUUUUAGUCUAACGAUAAUAAGCAGUAUUGGCUCAUGGUUUCAUAAUGUCCAGAAACAUCUUAGAAGGAACUAAUUAUUUGGUAACGUUGUACAUAAGAACAGUUGCUUAUGAAAGUAAUUCAUGUGAAAAUUCGAUUUUAAAGUGACUUGUGUGGAAAGCUUUUCACUGAUCUUGUUUCCCCUCUUUCUUAAAUGGAAAAUGAGGAGAGGAAAGUUCAAAUGAAAACACUUUGGCUUAUCAGUGUAGUUUGUAACAGCAACUAAAAGCACACAGAAAAAACAUCUGGGAUUAAAUCAGAGUGAAAUGCAGAGUUUCUGCUCUCUGCUGCGUCUGCUAAGAUAUUCAAGCUCCGGGCACUUGUCUUUUGCUACUUUAGACCAUUUCUGUGUCGAGCAGUCAUGCAAAUCUACUUUGUUUUGGGGUUUUUUUAUCAAGCUCUCAUAUCAUCUGCACCAUUUUCUCCCAAUUUUGAUUAUUUCCCUGUUUGAAUGUUCGAGUCCGCUAGCGUGCCACAUUUAAACGAAUGCUAUUUAUUUGUGUUGUGAAGAAAGGUUCUUGUACAGAAAUGGCAUGUUUGUGUACUAAUGUUACCCGAGGGAAGAUGAUGGGCAGUUUCACUGCUAGGCUUUAUGGAAAUUUCUUUUAAUGCCACUUCAAAAUCAAGACAAUGCUGCCAACUUGAAUUACAGAAAGAAUGUUAAAAAGAAAAAUAUUUCUGUACUGAGAGAUAAUCAACAAUUAAAUGAUCAUAUCUUGUA